GGCAUGCGCGGCAGAGGGCGCGCGCAGGCGCAGGCGCCGCGGGAAGCGCCGAGUCCGCUCCUGGCUUCCGGGCUUCCUCCAGCUUCUCCCGGACCCGAGUCACAGCCACAGGUGGUCAUGGAGAAUGCCGAAGGUGCCGGCCAGCAUGUGCCCGAGCAGAGCGUGCCCGCCCAGGGGCCAGCCCAGACCAUCGCUCCACAGGGGCCUCAGGGAGACCAGGGCCAGCUUCUUUACCAUGAGGAGACCAUCGAUCUCGGUGGAGACGAGUUCGAAUCCGAGGACUCGAAUAAUUUCGCGGAUAAGCUCGAUGAGCCCCUGAUGGAGAGCGUGCUCAUCUCUGACUCCCCAAACAACAGCGAAGAUGACGCGGGUGACCUGGGGUGUCUGCAGGACGUGGGAGAGCCCGCCGAGGGCAGCGGUGAUCACAGACGGGGGCCCUGCACAGAAGAGGGCACGCUGGGCUCUCUGAGUGACGACGGUGAGAGUGAUGGCGGGGACACGCCUCAGGACGUCUCGGACAUGACCCCUGACAGCAGAGCCUCGUUGAGAGAGGACCCCGAGCACGGUGACGUGGAAGACCCACCUGCUUUUGAACACAGGGGCGCAGAGGACCCGGGUCCAGGGGCUGAGCGGGUGCCCGCAGCGGGGCCGCCGUCAGGAACGUCCCCCCGGCAGCCAGCCCCCAAGGACGAGCCGGUGCCCGUGUGCACCAUCUUUAGCCAACCGCCCCCCGGCGCCCCCACCCCAGCCCUGCGUGACGGCUUCGAGUCCCAGAUGGUGAAAUCCCCCAGCUUCAGCGGCGCCAGUGAGGCUGCCCCCAGGACCCCGCCCCAGGUGGUCCAGCCGAGCCCCAGCCUGAGCAAGUUCUUCGGCGAUCCGACCGGCAGCAGCUCCUUGGCCUCGGACUUCUUUGAUUCCUUCACAACCUCCACCUUCAUCUCCGUCAGUAACCCCAACGCCAGCCCUUCCCUUCCGGAAAGCCUGUCUUCGCUCGCCGCUACCCCCGUGGGAGGAAGCUCCCCAGGUUCCGUGGACGUUGCCUCCUCCCCAGGGGUGGAGAGGCCAGGGUCGGGUGUCUCCACGGCGCCUCUGGAGAUCUCGCAGUCCCCAAAGCCAUUCUCACAGAUCCAGGCGGUGUUUGCCGGCAGCGAGGACCCAUUUGCCACCGCCCUGAGCAUGAGCGAGAUGGACCGGCGAAGCGACGCCUGGAUCCCCGGGGAGGCGACCAGGAGCGUCCUGGUCUCGGUCGCCACGCAGCAGUACGGCUCGGUGUUCGUGGACAAGGAAGACCUCACCAUGCCCGGCCUCAAGUUCGACAACAUCCAGGGAGAUGCAGUUAAGGACUUAAUGCUUCGCUUCCUGGGUGAAAAAGCUGCAGCGAAGAGACAAGUGCUGACCGCCAGCUCCGUGGAACAGUCUCUGGUCGGGUUGAAGCAGCUCAUCAGCUGCAAGAACUGGCGGGCUGCGGUGGACCUGUGCGGGCGGCUGCUCACGGCCCAUGGCCAAGGCUACGGCAAGAGCGGGCUGCCGACCAGCCACACGGCGGACUCCCUGCAGCUCUGGUUUGUGAGGCUGGCGCUGCUGGUGAAGCUGGGCCUGUUCCAGAACGCCGAGAUGGAGUUCGAGCCCUUCGGCAGCCUGGACCAGCCGGACCUCUACUACGAGUAUUACCCGCACGUGUACCCGGGGCGCAGGGGCUCCAUGGUCCCCUUUUCCAUGCGGAUCCUGCACGCGGAGCUCCAGCAGUACCUGGGGAACCCCCAGGAGGCCCUGGACCGGCUCCACAGGGUGAAGGCCGUCUGCAGCAAGAUCCUGGCCAACCUGGAGCAAGGCCUGGCGGAGGACGGGACCAUGAGCAGCAUCGCGCAGGAGAACAGGCAAGGGCAGGGCCGCAGGGACGGGGGGCUCCGUCCCUCUGUGGCUGGGCUGCUGGCCGUGUCCCCGCGCGCUCACCCCCUCUCUCCUGCAGCCUCCGUGCAGCUGUGGCGGUCCCGCCUGGGCCGGGUGAUGUGCUCCAUGGCCAACUGCCUGCUGCUCAUGAAGGACUACGUGCUGGCUGUGGACGCGUACCGCGCCGUCACCCAGUUCCACCCAGAGCAGGAGCCUCAGGUGCUGAGUUGCAUCGGCCGCAUCUCCCUGCAGAUUGGAGACAUAAAAACAGCUGAAAAGUACUUUCAAGACGUAGAGAAAGUAGCACAGAAACUGGAUGGACUACAAGGCAAAACCAUGGUUUUGAUGAACAGAGCUUUCCUUCACCUCGGUCAGAAUAACUUCGCGGAAGCGCACAGGUUCUUCACGGAGAUCCUGAGGGUGGACCCAUCAAAUGCAGUGGCCAACAACAACGCGGCCGUGUGCCUGCUGUACCUGGGCCGCCUCAAGGACUCGCUGCGGCAGCUGGAGGCCAUGGCCCAGCGGGACCCGCGGCAGUACCUGCACGAGAGCGUGCUCUUCAACCUGACCACCAUGUACGAGCUGGAGUCGUCCCGCAGCCUGCAGAAGAAGCAGGCCCUGCUGGAGGCCGUGGCCAGCAAGGAGGGCGACUGCUUCAACACGCAGUGCCUCAAGCUGGCCUAGCGCCCCCUGCGUGCACCCCCCUGCCCUCCCGCCUUCUCCAUCAUGCGGGCUGCGCAUAGCAGGGGGGCCGGGGUGUCCCGGGGCCACUCCCAGCAGCCUCAGGGAAGAGCUGACCAUGUAACACACACGGUUCUCGCCCUGAGCCGGAACGUCCUAGAGAUUCGUAGAGGUCGGGGGGAGAGGGCCCGUUCCCCCGCCCCAGAGCUGCAGCUCCACUCUUCUCCCCCGGGCCUUGUCCAGCCUCUGCUGAGCCCCUCGGAGGAGGUCUGGUGCCCGGGGAGCGAAUCCAUUCUUCGUCCUGCGCGUUCCCAGCACUGGGGGCGGGGGCGCGGACACGGGCCUGUGUGUGCAGUGGGGGGUCCUGCGCCAGGUCAGGGGGUGACUGUUCUCAGCUCUGGGGGUCACGGUCUGCUCUCACGUUCACAUGGUCACUCCUGCCUUUAAAGAGUCUAACACACCUGGACUGAAGGACUCUGGCAGGGGCCCUUUAAGUUACCCAGCUCUGCUCAUACGUUUAAAACAGAGUUCCCUUAAGAUUCUGACAUAAACACGUAUUGCAUAAAGCAGAGCCACGCCCUCUUUCUAGUCACUUCCGUGGUAAACACACAAAUGCAGCAUCUCCUGGGCAGACGGUCUCAACGCAGUUAUUGAAACAGAUCAGUUACCCUGUAAAAUAGGAGAGACGGGAGAGGCCGCCAGGAGCACCAGCCCAACACCUCCAGAGAGAAUGAGGGACACCUCCGGCUCACGCAGGGAGGGGACCCCUCCCCCCAGAGCGUCCGCAGCCUCUGGGCUGACAGUUGUGAUCCACCUGCUUUACACUCCGUUUUCCUUUAAGUUUCUAAAUCAAAUGCAUCAAGUAAUGUUGGCCUGCCUCCCGGGAGGGGGGGGGUCCCAGCCCAGGGGAGACCCACACCCCGUGCCCCCCGGGUCCCAGAUCCAGGCCUUAACUGCACAUCACACACCCAGGAAGCUCCCCAAAAGCUGCUCCCCAGAAUCUCCCCAAACCCCAGCAUGGCCUUCUGCAGAGAUGGGGCUCUACAGAGGUGACCAGGUGGGAUGGAGUCCCGAAGGUGGGGGCCCAGGGGUGUGCAGGAGAGGACCCGGUGAGGAGUGAGGCCCAGGGCCCACCCUGCAGCCCCGGCCCCGGCCUCUAGCCCCCGGGGCCGUGACAGGUCAGCGUCUGUUGCUGAAGCUGUUGUCUGCAGGGCUCGUCAGCUGAGCUGAGACACCCACACCCCUGGGGCCAUGCUCCCCACCCCCCGAAGUCAGGGAGCCAGACGGUCCUGAACCUCGUGGGAACACAUGCUCACACCUGGCCUGUAGGGGCAGAAAAAAGAUGGAGCAUUUCUGGAAAAUAAACUGGCAACUGAGUCAAAA